AGGGUUUGCAGUGACCUGCCCAAAACACUCGAGCGAGGCCGGUAACGUCAACACUGCGCGCCAUGAGAACGUCCUUUCGAGUGCGACACACGGCGUGUGUGUGUGUGUGUGUGAGAGAGAGAGAGAGUGUGAGUGAGAGAGAGCUGGUGGAUGUGUUAGGUCACAGCAGCAGACAUGGCCCGGUGUUUAACUUUGAUGAAGGUCGGCUUGGAAGCCUGCAGCAGGAAUAAUGUCCGGUUCUUCUCCCUCAGCCAGAGAGCAGCAGGCCGGAUUAUCACAGGAGCAGCGAGCACAGUUAAUACAAGACAGCAGCAUUAUCGCCUCAAUCAGAGAAUUUGGAGUCCCAGCCAUGCUGGAGUGCAGCUGAACUACCAUCUAUACAGCACUCAAGCCGAACCUGCGGAAGAGGAGAUCCACAACAUCAUAAGUGACACUGAAAAAGUAGAAGGAUCCUUCUUGAAGCAUGAGUUUCAAGCUGAGACUAAAAAGUUGUUGGACAUUGUGGCCAGGUCUCUGUACUCGGAGAAAGAGGUCUUCAUCAGGGAGCUUAUAUCUAAUGGAAGUGAUGCACUCGAGAAGCUUCGACAUAAGCUCAUUACAGGAGGAGGAGAUACUGCACCUAUGGAAGUCCAUCUACAGACUGAUUCAACCAAAGGCACUUUAACCAUUCAGGACACAGGAAUUGGGAUGAAUCAAGAGGAACUGAUUACCAAUCUGGGUACUAUUGCUCGCUCUGGCUCAAAGGCCUUCCUGGAUCUUCUUCAAAGCCAAGCUGAUGCAAGAAGCUCCAUCAUUGGACAGUUUGGUGUAGGCUUCUACUCAGCCUUCAUGGUCGCAGAUAAAGUAGAGGUCUACUCUCAGAGUGCGGAGCCAGAUGUACCAGGGUACAAGUGGUCCUCAGAUGGCUCUGGGGUGUUUGAGAUUGCAGAAGCCAGUGGGGUGAGACAGGGCACCAAAAUUGUAUUAUACCUCAAAGAUGAUUGCAAGGAGUUUUCGUCUGAGGACCGUGUUAAAGAGGUUGUGAACAAGUACAGCAACUUUAUGAGCUUUCCAGUCUACCUGAAUGGUCGCAGACUGAACACUCUUCAGGCACUUUGGACGAUGGACCCCAAAGAGAUCAGUGAGUGGCAACAUGAGGAGUUCUAUCGCUACGUAGCUCAGGCUUAUGACAAGCCUCGUUACACUCUGCACUAUCGUGCUGAUGCGCCCCUCAAUAUCCGCAGCGUCUUCUAUGUCCCUGAUAUGAAGCCAACCAUGUUUGAUGUGAGCAGGGAGAUGGGUUCCAGUGUGGCUCUGUACAGCAGGAAAGUCCUGAUCCAAACCAAGGCCACUGACAUUCUGCCUAAGUGGCUGCGCUUCUUGCGAGGUGUGGUUGACAGUGAGGAUAUUCCCUUGAACCUCAGCCGAGAGUUACUACAGGAAAGUGCGCUUAUCAGAAAACUGCGGGACGUCCUGCAGCAGCGCGUCAUUCGUUUCUUUCUGGACCAGAGCAAAAAGGAUCCAGAGAAGUAUGCUCGUUUCUUUGAUGACUAUGGGCUUUUCAUGCGAGAAGGCAUCGUCACCACAGCCGAACAGGACAUUAAGGAGGACAUAGCCAAACUGCUUCGCUUUGAGUCCUCAGCACUGCCUGCUGGCCAGCAGACCAGCAUCAUGGACUAUGCCUCACGCAUGAAGGCGGGUACAAGAAAUAUCUACUACCUGUGUGCUCCCAACCGGCAUCUUGCAGAGCACUCGCCAUACUUUGAGGCGAUGAAGAAGAAAGACAUGGAGGUGCUCUUCUGUUAUGAGCAGUUUGAUGAGCUGACUCUGCUCCACCUCAGAGAGUUCGACAAGAAGAAGCUCAUCUCAGUGGAAACGGACAUCGUCGUUGAUCACUACAAAGAGGAGAAGUUUGAGGACAGCAAGACAGCAUCAGAGCGGUUGACCGAGCAGCAGGCUGAGGAUUUAAUGGCCUGGAUGAGAAACUGUCUUGCCCAGAGAGUCACAAAUAUCAAGUUGACGCCUCGUUUGGACACUCAUCCGGCCAUGAUCACAGUGCUGGAGAUGGGAGCAGCACGACACUUUCUGCGCACCCAGCAGCUAGCACGCAGUGCUGAGGAGAGGGCACAGAUCCUGCAGCCCACACUGGAGAUCAAUUCUGGACAUGACCUCAUCAAGAAACUUCAUGUGCUGAAAGACUCAAAUCCUGACCUUGCACAGCUGCUGCUUGAACAAAUUUAUGACAAUGCCAUGAUCACAGCUGGCCUAAACGACGAUCCCCGCCCCAUGAUCUCUCGUUUAAAUGAUCUGCUGACCAAAGCACUAGAGAAACACUAACACAGUGUGGGAGGCAGCUCAGAUGGACUGAACCAGACCUGUCCUAAAGACUUUUUCUCUUUUGCAUCCUUACAUGACAUUACAUUCAUUAAUGUAAGGUCUCAUCCAACAUAACUUGUCCUGCACUGAAUAUGCUAAACGUGUCAAGAUGAAAUCCAGAGUGAAGUUGGAAUGGAUUCUAGACAACUAGUCCAUGUUAGUUCCUGUAAACCGUCUGGACAACUGGAGAAAUUAAUAUAGCAGUGCAUGUGAAGAGACUGGAUGGAUGAUUGAUGUAUAAGAAAAACAGUACAAAUUGCACAGUAUAGUUACAGUUGUCCUUAUACGUUUACAGCAUGACAGUCAUGGGAUUUCACUGACUUCUACAAUUGUUCUGUUUUUGAAUAACUGGUGGUACAUGUACUUCUUUGUCUAAAAAAAUGCUUCACUAAUUUGAGUUUAUGUUUAAAUUAAAUGUGUUUUUUUUGUAACUUA